AUGAUUGUGGUAUCUCAUGGAGAUCGCGCGGUGAAAUGUGGUUCAGAUUCUCCAGACGGCACCAUAACAUCAGACGGAUGGACCAGAAUCACAUUCUUCAGCAACAGCCGGGAAACCGCCCCAGGAUUCCGUUGCUUCAUUUGGUGCCGAGAACAGACAACAACAGCUGCUCCCACCACUACUCUUGCACCAACUACAGCCCCAACAACUGCUGCUCCAACGACCACUGCUGUACCCACCACCACUGCUGCUCCAACAACCACAGCUGCUCCUACAACCACCGCUGCUCCAACAACCACUGCUGCACCCACCACCACCGCUGCUCCAACAACCACUGCUGCACCUACCACCACUGCCGCUCCAACAACCACAGCAAAGUGUUAA